GCUUCUACAUUUCCUGUCUGCGAGUUUAAUCAUGUUGUGUUUUUGUUGUCAACAUUUUGUUAUACUGUGUAGCAGUCUUAUUUAAUUUCUUCUCUUUGUUUAAAAAAGUUUGCAGCUGUAGAGAGUGUCAUCUUCCAUCUCAUCGUGGGAAUAACACCUGCUUUAAAAGCACUCACACCUGCCAGAGGCAGUGAGCUCAGGUGAGGAGCAGCACAAAGGUGUCCAAAGACACCCUUUGGCUGCAUCACCCUCCGGGCCGGGGGCAAAGAGAGGCUGGCUGGAACGUGCCCUGCCGCAAGCCGGGCGAGGAUGAGGCGCUUCCUGAGCAGAAAGGGUCGCUUCUCCCUGCGCCAGAGCAAGUCUGGGACCCGCAGUGCCUCCAAAGAUUUCUACCUUGGCCUCCCAGCAACCAAUCAGAACUGGCCCGAGGCGUUUGGCUUCCGACUGGGUGGCACUGGUCCCAGCUACAUCCUGUCCGUGGUGGAGGGCAGUAGUGCCUAUCUGGCUGGCCUGCAGCCCGGGGACCAGGUGGUGGACAUUGAGGGCCAGGAUGUGACCAACCUCAGCACACCGGCGCUGGUCGCUCUGGCUCAGACCCUCAAGACGGUGCCACCCAGCAUCGGAGUGGUGUCACGCAUCGAACAGAUUGACAUCACUCCUGGCCCAGAUGGCCGUUUCGGCUUCACCAUUAUCGGAGACUGCCCUCUGAUGGUGGAGGACUGCAUGCCCAACGGUCCUGCUGGUCGCAACGGCCUCAAGGCCGGGGACUAUGUCAUGGAGGUCAACGGCAUCCCAGUGAAGCACCAUGAAACGGCAGCGGCCAUGAUCAAAGCAGCUCAGGGUCGGCCUCUACGCCUGGGCGUGCUUAGUAUGGCCCGGCGACCCAAGCGGCUGAGCAGCAGCAUGAGGGUGUUGUCGCAGAGUGGGGACAGCAUCAGGGAGAGCCGUGCCCACAAGGCCAUGGAGUUCAAUAAAAAAGUGGAGGAAGUGCUAGGGGAGGAACUGGAUGUGAAGGAACAGCUGUUUGAGGUUCUGAAGCAGUACGCUGCAGAGAGGGACGUGGACAGUCUGGCUGAGGCCCUGCCCGACAUCUUGAUCACAGAGGAGCAUCAGCAGCUGAUUGACAACGUCAGGAUCUUCAUUCCCAAGAAGCACCGGGAGCGGUUUGACGAGGUGGUUAACCAGAGCCUGAUGAGCCGGAUCAAAGGGCGGAGCUUCAGUGACCCCAGCCGCCAGCACCUUCGCCGCAGCCGGAGUGAGGAUCACCCCGAACGCCUUCUGGUCUCCACCCGAGCCAGUUCAGUUCCACGCACCCACGCAGAAGAAGGCGUGGUCCCCCCUGCUCGAGGCAUGCGCAAGACCACCUCGCUCAUAGCUGGGCACUCCAGUGGAAACACCACCAACUGCAGGACCGUGAGGGUGUGUAAGGGUAACACAAGUUUUGGCUUCACUCUAAGAGGCCAUGCUCCAGUGUGGAUCGACUCUGUCAUCCCCGGAAGCCCAGCAGACAAGGCAGGUCUAAAACCAGGAGACCGCAUCCUGUUCCUCAAUGGGCUAGACAUGAGGACCUCCUCCCAUGAGAAGGUGGUGUCCAUGCUCCAGGGCAGCGGUGCCAUGCCCACUCUGGUAGUGGAGGAUGGUCCGCCUUCUUUCACCCUUUCAGAGCAGGACCUGGCGGGGGGCGGCGUUCCCACAGAGCGUUCCCGCUCCCCUGUACUCAGCUCCCUGCAGUGGGUGGCAGAGAUUCUGCCGCCCAGUAUCCGGGUUCAGGGACGCACCUUCGGACAGCAGCUGGAGCACCUGCUGACCAUCCAGGAGAAGUACACUAUCUGCAAGGCUCUGGAGAACUUCUUCCAGCACAGGAAUGUGGACACUCUGAUCGUGGAUGUGUUCCCGGUGCUCGAUACUCCCGCCAAACAGGUGAUCUGGCAGUUUGUUUACCAGCUGCUGACGUAUGAGGAGCAGGAGCACUGCCAGAGCAAGAUCUCACGCUUUCUUGGAUACAAGGCGCCAGUUCCACCACCACCACCUCCUCCUCCCCCUCCUCCGGAGCCCGAGAUUGCCCCCGAGCCCCAUCGACGUAGCAGCUCCAUGAGGGUGACAGGGACUACGUACAGGAGCAGUGUGAGGGGACGUAGCUCUGAUGACCUGGUCAUUGGCACACACUUGGGCAUGGGCUUUCGUGCAGAGACAGUGCUGGAUGCAGGGAUGAGGUUGGCUCCAGGAGAGAGACAGUCAGGAGAUGGUACCUCCCUUCCUGAGACUCCGAACAACCUUACCAACUUGUCAGCAGUGUACGCUGAACUGGAGAACAUGUAUUCUUCCAAGAGGUCCAAGUCUCUGAAGAGUCGGCCUCCUCCUGCCCCCGACAGUUUGCUGGAACUGGAACUUCCCUCACGCACAGCCUCCCCUACAGCACAUGCUAACACAGGUAGCCGUAAAGCCCCUCCUACAUCCUGGCCGGAACCUCUCCCCAGUCCCCCUCAAUCCCAGUUCUAUUCAUCAGGGCUAACAAGCCAGAACAGUGGGGAGUCUAACCCUUACAUCAGCCUGGACAGUCCCCCUGCAUCCCCUCCAGAGCCCCCUGACUUCCCAUCCAGUCCCCCCGCCCACCGCAACAACAAGCGACGUUACACCUUCUCCAAACCGCCGCGCUCAGAAGAUACUGAUCGCUUUCUGGACGCUCUGAGCGAGCAGCUGGGACAAAGGGUGGCCAUCAUAGAUGACUUCCUGACUCCGGAGAACGACUAUGAGGAGGAUGUUGUGCAGAUGGGUUUCCCAGAUGAUGAUGAUGAUGAUGAGGAGGAGGAGGAGGAUAUUGAAGAGGAUUUGGGGGUGGACGAAGAUGAAAAUGGAGGAUUCGUGGCCCCAGAACUCAGCAGCCCGAGUGAUAUUCAAAGCAGCAGUGGAGAAGAGAAUGCCUCCUCCCUCACCUACUCCUCCUGCUCUGACCACAUCCCUCCACCUCCGAUGUCCCCUCCACCACCUCCGCCUGUUCAGUUCAAUGACCCGCCUCCCCCACCUCCGACACCUGCACAGACUCAGUCUCAGCAGCAACAACAGCAACAGCAACAACAGCAACAGCAACAACAACAACAGCAACAACAACAACAACAACAACAACAACAACAACAACAACAGCAACAGCGGCUCAGCUACACCCCCGAACAAUCGCCAAGAGCAUAUGUGCCCAUCCGCCGGAAGUCUGGCCCUCCUCCACCACCUCCACCUCGCAAUCACCCACCACCUAAGCGACACUCCUUACAUAAAGUAAUGCCCAAAAGAGAUGACCUUCAAGUCCAGGCGACUAUACAAGAGCUAAAAGCAUUCCAAGAGCAAAAGGUUUUUCAGCAAAGACAAGCAUACGAGGAGCAACAAGCCUACAAGGAGAGGCAGGAGUAUGAGGAGCAGAACGCUUUUGAAGAACAGCAACUUUUACAAGAGCAGCAGACUUUCCACGAACAACAGGCCUAUCAGGAGAAAAUGUUCAAGGAGAGACAGGCGUAUGAGGAGCAAAAACUUUUUGAAGAGCAACAGCUGUACCAGGAGCAACAAGCCUACCAAGAAAGACAAGUGUAUGAACAGCGCCAAGCCUACCAAGAUCAGAAAGCGUACGAACAGCGUCAAGCCUACAAGGAGCAAAAAGCAUUGGAGGAGCUUCAAGCCUACAAGGAGCAAAAAGCAUUGGAGGAGCUUCAAGCCUACAAGGAGCAAAAGGCAUUGGAAGAGCUUCAAGCCUUCCAGGAGCAAAAAGCUUACGAAGAGCGCAAAGCUUACGAAGAGCGGAAGGCCUACGAGGAGCAACAAGCAUAUCAAGAGCAACAAAUCUACCAGAGCCAUCACUCCAUGCCUAACCAGCCAACACAGCAGAAAGCCCAUUCACCACUCCCUCUCCAACAGCUCCACCAGUCCUUACCCCCACUCACCUCUCCAGACUCCACCCAUCACCACGCUAACCAUCCUCUGUAUAUGAUGCGCCAAGCACAGCAGCAACAGGCCCACCAGAGUCAUCACCACCGACGCCUGUCACGAUCAGCCCCACCUCCGCACCAGCCGUCACCCCAACCGACCGCCCAUCCUAACCAACAUGGUCAAUACUCUGAGGGUAUCUACCAAAGCCAUCAGGGCAUGAGACCCCAGGCCCACCAUUCCUCUGCGGAGAUGCUCAACCAGAUGCAACAAGCCCCAGCUCAUCAUUCCUCUGCAGAGAUGCUCCAUCAGUUGCAACAAUCCCAAGCCCACCACUCAUCCACUGAGAUGCUCCAGCAGUUACAACAGGUCUUCUCGUCUUCAGAGAUGCUCCACCAAGUGCACAAAACCAAGGCCCAUCACUCCUCCACAGAGCUUCUCCACCAAGGUCACCAGAUGCAGCAAAUGCAGUCUCACCACUCCUCAACGGAACUUCUCCACCAGGCACAACAGAUGCAUCGGGGACAACCCCACCACUCAUCUACUGAGAUGCUCCAGCAGUUACAACAAGCCUUCUCUUCAUCAGAAAUGCUCCACCAAAUGCACAAAGCCCAGGCUCAUCACUCCUCCACAGAGCUGCUCCAUCAAGCCCACCAAAUGCACCAAACAAAGCCCCACCAUUCCUCCACGGAGCUUUUGCAUGAAGACCGCCAAGAACCUGCAUCCCUCCCAUUUCAGCUUAACCGGGACAGCCACUCCCAUCAGAGUCGGAGGAGUGUUAAAGGUCAUCAUCAGACCCCACCCACCAAACCCUCUCCCCAAAGACCCCAUUCGAUCCAGCAGACCCACCACCAUUCCAGCUCCCCUCAGAUCCACCACAUCCACCACAUGACCCCACAGCCACCCCCGAAGGACUACCAACACCAGAUCCACGUAAUCCACCCUCCCCAGCAGCCCCACAGGCCUCAGCCCCUUCUCUCCACCUUUCAGCCACUCCAGCCACAUCAGCCCACCCUCUCUACGUUCCAGCCUGUGCCCCCACACCACCAGUCCCCGCACCAGAUCCAACCCCCUCCCCAGGCCACCCGCCCGCAGUCCCAGCCUUCACAUCACCUGCUGCAACACCAGCCUCAAACCCAGUCCCACCAAAAGCAAUCCCAUGGCCAGAGCCAGCCCCAUUCCCUCCCACACUCUCUAUCCGACCCGUCAGAGCACCUAGAGCUACCUCCUCCUCCUCCUCCUCCUCCCCUGCCACCACCCUGCACCCCUCCACCCUUGCCCAGGCCUUCGCUCUCCAGAAUGGACUCCAACCACAUGAGUGUGAAGAGGCUGCGCUGGGAGCAGGUGGAAAACUCAGAGGGGACGAUCUGGGGACAGUUGGGAGCAAAUUCUGACUAUGACAAAUUGCAUGACAUGGUGAAGUAUCUGGACCUGGAGAUGCACUUUGGGACACAGAAGAGCUCCUUGCCUGCUCCAGAGCCCUGCCUCCUACCACAAACCUUCAAGAAGAAAGAUGUGAUUGAGAUUCUAUCACAUAAGAAAGCCUACAAUGCCUCAAUCCUGAUAGCCCACCUGAAGCUGUCUCCUGGUGAGCUGCGUAAGGUGCUGAUGAACAUGGUCACUGACCGGCUGGAGCCAGCACACAUCAAACAGCUGCUGCUGUAUGCCCCCGAUGCAGAGGAGGUCAAAAAAUAUGAACAGUACAGAGAGGAUCCCAGCAAACUCAGUGAGCCGGACCAGUUUGUGCUGCAGAUGUUAUCAGUACCAGAGUACAAGACCCGCAUGGAGUGCCUCCUCUUCAAGUGUUCCCUGCAGGAGAAGACAGAGGAGCUGAGGGGAGCGUACGACUGUCUUUACAAGGCUUCCAUGGAGCUGAAGACAAGCAAAAAGCUGGCAAAGAUACUAGAGUUUGUGCUUGCGAUGGGGAACUACUUAAAUAACAGCCAGCCUAAAACCAACAAGACUACAGGCUUCAAGAUCAACUUCCUUACAGAGUUGAGCACAACUAAAACAGUGGAUGGGAAGUCGACAUUUCUACAUAUUCUGGUCAAGUCCUUAUGUCACCACUUCCCUGAUGUGUUGGAUUUUUCCAAAGAUUUAACCAUGGUUCCUCUUGCAGCAAAAGUAAACCAGAGGACUAUCACGUCAGAUCUGAACGACCUUCAUACAACCAUACAGGAAAUUCGUUCAGCCUGUCAGAAGAUGCCUGCGACGGCUGAGGACCGCUUUACUGUCGUAAUGAGUAACUUCCUGGAAAACAGUCAUCCAGCUCUGCAGUCUCUGGAGUCCCUGCAGCAGAGAGCUAUGGAGGAGUUCAGCAAAACUGCCUCUUACUUUGGAGAAGACGGCAAAUCCACAAACACUGAGGCCUUCUUUGGUAUCUUUUCGGAUUUCAUUGGCAAAUUUGAGAGAGCUCUCAAUGAUCAACAAGCUGUAGAAAACCAGAAGAGCCCCAGAAGUCAAAGAAUGGCCUCUCCACUGGCCUGGUAACACACACACAAAAACACACACCGACACACAUGGCGAUGACAAUAUAGUUCAUACGGUGCAUAUACGUACACAUCCUAAUAUAAUUUAUAUACACGCACAUACAACUAAUGAAGGAGAAGCUUUAAAAUGAGGCAAAAAUAAAUAUAUUUUGCAUCAAAGAUGGACGAUUAAGCUUUAUACCAGUGGUAUAUACUGUAUAUUAUAUAUCCUUUCAAAACGAAACAGAGUUUUUGUUAAGUCUAACACUUUAAUGUCUAAGUCUGCUUCAUAGGAAAUGUUGUUUGGUUGUCAGGGUAUCAGUUACUCAGUAACAUCCUCUAGUUGAAGUUUUCUUUCUUUUGGCCUCAAUAUAAGUGUGCUAUUACAAUUCUAAGGUAACAUAAUAAUGGUAUAUGCUCUAUAAGACAUAGAUUUACACAGAUUGAUUAACUUGAAAUAGAUGUUCAAUUGAAUUGCAUUCACGUUCUCUUUGUGGUUAGGAAGAAAACCACCGAAGCAGUCUUCCUGUUCGUUUACGUGUUGUGUAUUUUUGUAAUCCGCCCACCGCGCUGAAUGUAACGUUAAUUCUCUACUGACAAAGUUUUUAGUAUUUCUUCAUUGAAAUAAUUUGUCGUGGUGACCCGUUGUUUCAUUAUCUGCUUUGUAUCUAUGCCUCACUGUCAGACGAUCGCCUAAAUUCCUUCCAUGUCAGUUUUUUUUUUUUACAGUGUUGUUCAAACUUCUGAUGUUAUUUACGUGUAUAUAUGAGAUAUUGACAAGUUGGCAUUUACUAUUUGUUUUUUGAAGGAAAUAUGAAAUGUUCCAAGGAUCAUUUGGAAUCUGUCUGCAGUCUUUAUUAUAGGCAAUAGAAAUGAGAUUAUGGUAACAGCGUACUGUAAAUAGCGGGCAGUGUGCAAUAUGUGAAUGUAAAGCCAUGCUUCACUGUUGGAUAUUAUACAAAAAACAACUAUACCAUAUGAAACUAUCACUGAAAUAUAUUGUGUUUGUACUGUACAGAAUAAGAGUAAAUGCUAUAUUAUAUGAAGCGCUUUGUUACGUUAAUGUUACCCGAAUGUUUCUUGUAUUGAUUGUGUCAUAUGGACUGCUCAUAAAAUGAUACCACUGAGAGGACAGUUAUGUCAUUAAGGUUAGUGUAGCAGAUGCAGCAUUUUACAUCACAACAGUUAAUAAUACAGCUUGUUUAGACCUGCCAUUGCUCGUUGAAACAUACAUCUUAGCCAAGUGAUAUUCUUUAGAGGUAAGGCAGGAAUAAUGUGCACAGCUAGUGACAGCCUUAUUUUUUAAUGGUCUUUAGGUUGUUUUUCAUGUAAGUUACAGGAUUCUAAAGCAUUGCUCUCAAUUUUAGGCCUAUAAUUGGUUAAGUCUGUAUUUUGUAUUGUACCCUAUCGAUGCUAUAAAAACACUGGAAUUAAAUCUACUUUGUGUA